AUCCCUAUCAAAUUUUUUAGUAAUAAUAAUAGAGAAAAAAAAAAGAGAGAGGAUGUAUACAAGUGAACCAGUCCUAGCAUGUCCUGAAACCAACACAUGUCAAUCAACUCCACUGAGUCGCAAUCUUGAUGGCAGCCAUAUGGCAAUCACGCAAACAACCAAAAUCCCAUAUCGCUGAUACCAAAGCUUCCGCCGGCUGCACCGACCGGCCAUCCAUUUCUAAUUUCUUGUUGAUUGAUCGAGCAGCACGACACAGCUGCUUAUUAUAUAUAUAUACGGGGUCGCCUGCUUCGUCUCUGUGUCGCACUCGCACUCUUCCCCUGAGCUCCUCCGCCGCAACAUCUCGAACUUCCCCCACCCUUUUUCCUUGUCUUCGGCUCCAUCAAUCGCGCAGGCAACCAGGCCGGCGGGAGCGAUGGGGAACUGCGGGACAAAGCCCAAGACCAGCGACGGAGACGACGCGCCUCCGCCCGUCGAGGCGCAGGUAGCGGCGGGGGCGGCCGAGGGGGAGCGCAAAGACGACGAGGAGGUCGCGGCGCCGGAAGGGACGAGCCAGGCCCUUGUGGCGCCACAAACUGAGGAAGUUACGACCACGACAGUCGAAGAAAAAGAGCAUGCUGAGCCAAACGAAAAAACGGAGGAGUUUGGCAAGGAAGACGCUGAUCACGGCGAGGAGAAGGAAACGCCGCCGCCGACGGAGGCCCCUGAACUUCCGGCGUCUACUCCGGCGAGCGUCGCCUGACGGCCGAUGCACACCCAAACCGACGGCGUUCUUACUACUUCCAUUUUUUUUUGCUUGCAGAAUGUUUGGAGGCAUGGGCGGGAUCCCAAAUUCCCAAUGGCACAAUUGUACUGCCGUUUUUUUUUGACAACAGCUCUACUUUUCGAUC